GUCCGUUCCGGCUCCGCGCCAGCUUUUGCGCGGCGCCCUGCACAGCCAGCUGCUGCAGAGCAGGGGACCGGUGCGCCGUCGCUCCUCGCCUUGUUUGCUUCCAGUCCGGCUGUCUGCGCGGCGUGUGGAUGAGACGCAGAGGGAGGAACCGGGAGCGCACCCACCGACGGACUAAAAAAAAAAAGUCCCGCUCUCCCCCCUCCGUGCAUCAGACCGUCGGGGACUCUCGGAGCGACCCGGCGCGCGGAGUUGCGCUCCACAGCCAGACUGAGGCGCAUCUCGUCUCCUUGAAGUGCUCCCUUUUCAUGCAGUCUGUCGGAAGGAGUCUGGAAGGAGGAGGCGGAGGAGGAGGAGAAGGAGGAGGAGGGGAAGUAACGAUCGUUACUUUUUGAACAGACCCCCUCUUUUUUUUGCCAUGGAGCUACCCGUCCGGUCCAGGACGCACGGGCUCGUGGAAGCGCAAAAACCGGCCUCGUGGAUCCGCAACAUCUGUGAAGAAGAAUGCAGCAGAGCCCCGGACGCGUCCCUCUAGUUUCUGCUGGCUUCUUUCUCAAACACAGAAGAGGUUUCGGUGGGGGGGCCUCCCGGUGCGCAACUCAAUUGGAUCCCACUCCGCGCCACGCCGGGAUCGGUGGGUUUUUGGGGCACAGCACUGUGAAAAAAUGAGAAGCUGAGCUCCUUCAGAUGCUACAAAUCAUUGCAGCUUUCUCACAAUCCACGGCGAAAGGUUGAACCCCGCUGCGAGCCAUCAGGCCUCUGGAAAGUUUGCACACACCGGCACAAUGGCUCCUGCACAGUGGAGGGGUCCGGUGUUCGGCUGCCUCCUGCUCCUUCUCCUUUGCUUUCAGUCUUCACAAGGUUUCAGCCGUGCCGCUCUGCCUUUCGGGCUGGUCAGGCGCGAGCUCUCGUGUGAAGGAUAUGCAAUCGAUCUCCGCUGCCCCGGGAGUGAUGUCAUUAUGAUCGAGACGGCCAACUACGGCCGCACCGAUGACAAGAUCUGCGACGCUGACCCGUUCCAGAUGGAGAAUGUCAACUGUUACCUCCCCGAUGCCUACAAGAUUAUAUCACAAAGGUGCAACAACCGUACGCAGUGUGUGGUUGUCACUGGCUCUGAUGUCUUUCCUGAUCCAUGCCCUGGCACCUACAAGUACUUAGAGGUCCAGUAUGAGUGUGUUCCUUAUAAAGUGGAGCAAAAAGUUUUCAUUUGUCCCGGGACUCUAAAGGGAAUCGGAGCAGCCACCUUCCUGUUCGAGGCCGAGCAGCAAGCCGGGUCGUGGUGCAAAGACCCUCUGCAGGCUGGGGACAAGGUCUUUUUCAUGCCGUGGACGCCGUACCGCACCGACACUCUCAUCGAGUACGCCUCCCUGGAAGACUUCAAAAACGGUCGCCAGACCACCACCUACAAACUGCCGCACCGCGUGGACGGGACGGGCUUCGUCGCCUACGACGGCGCCAUCUUUUUUAACAAGGAGCGCACGCGCAACAUCGUUAAGUUCGACCUGCGCACGCGCAUCAAAAGCGGCGAGGCCAUCGUGAACAACGCCAACUACCACGACACUUCUCCCUACCGCUGGGGCGGCAAGACGGACAUUGACCUGGCGGUAGAUGAGCGGGGAUUGUGGGUAAUCUACGCCACGGAACAGAACAAUGGACGGAUAGUGGUGAGUCAGCUCAACCCGUACACGCUCCGCUUCGAGGUCACCUGGGAGACGGCGUACGACAAGCGCUCUGCCUCCAACGCCUUCAUGGUGUGCGGCAUGCUGCACGUGGUGCGCUCCACGUACGAGGAGAACGAGAGCGAAGCCAGCCGGAGCCAAAUCGACUACAUCUACAACACCAAACUGAGCCAGGGCGAGUACACCAACAUCCCCUUCCCGAACCAGUACCAGUACAUCACCGCUGUGGAUUACAACCCCAGGGACAACCAGCUGUACGUGUGGAAUAACUUUUACAUCGUCCGCUACGACCUGGAGUUUGGGCCGCCGGAUCCGGCUGAAGUGCCGGGCGGCGAGGACGUCUCUGUCUCCUCCUUUACACCCAAGAGCACCACAGAGUUCACCUCCACCCUUCCCACCAUGAGGGGCCAGAGUGACACCACCGUCGGAGGAACAGAUCCGAGGGAAGGACGAGAUCCCUUUGAGGACGGCCAGAGCUCCGUAACGUUGGAGCCCACCGUUCCUGAGCUGCCACCGACACCCAGACGCUUCUGUGAGGCGACCCGGAGAAGGGCCAUCGACUGGCCCCAGACUCAUACUGGGACCACAGUGGAGAGACCCUGUCCCAAAGGGACCAAAGGCAUCGCCACUUUCCUCUGCACUGUGGUGGGGACCUGGUGCUCCAAAGGACCAGACCUCAGCAACUGCACCUCCCACUGGGUGACUCAGGUGGCACAGAAGAUCCGGAGUGGCGAAAAUGCGGCUAAUUUAGCCAACGAGCUAGCUCGGCACACGCAGGGUCCGGUGUUCGCGGGCGACGUCAGCUCCUCGGUGCGCCUGAUGGAGCAGCUGGUGGACAUCCUGGACGCUCAGCUGCAGGAGCUGAGACCCAACGAGAAGGACUCCGCCGGCCGCAGCUUCAACAAGCUUCAAAAACGAGAGAAGACAUGCCGAGCGUACAUGAAGGCAAUUGUGGACACAGUUGACAACCUACUGAGGCAGGAAGCGCUGAAAUCGUGGAAAGACAUGAAUUCCACAGAACAAACACACGCCGCCACCAUGCUCCUGGAUACCCUGGAGGAGGGCGCGUUUGUCCUCGCGGAAAACCUGAUUGAGCCUGCGAUUGUGAAAGUGCCUGCAGAGAAUAUCAUGCUGGAUGUGUAUGUGUUAAGCACCGACGGUCAGGUGCAGGACUUCAGGUUUCCACAUACGAGCAAAGGGGGAGCCACACUUCAACUAUCCUCCAACACGGUGAAAGUCAACAGCAAAAACGGUGUGGCCAAGCUGGUAUUUGUGCUUUACAAGCACCUGGGUCAGUUCCUCAGCACAGAAAACGCCACGCUGAAGGGAAUGGGGGAUCUGAACAAACACAACCUCUCCCUCACCGUUAACUCCCACAUCCUGUCAGCCUCCAUUACAAAGGAGUCCAGCCGUGUGUUUGUGGCCGACCCCGUGAUCUUCACACUCGAACACCUGGAUAAGGAAAACUAUUUCAACCCCAACUGUUCCUUUUGGAAUUACUCGGAGCGAAGCAUGAUGGGAUACUGGUCCACUCAGGGCUGCAAACUGCUGGAGACCAACAAGAGUCACACCACUUGCUCCUGCAGUCACUUGACCAACUUUGCCAUCCUCAUGGCUCACCGUGGCAACGUGAGGGACGGGAGCAUGCACGAAAUUCUCCUGAGCGUCAUCACCAGGAUGGGCAUCGCUGUGUCUCUGGUCUGUCUGGCCAUCAGCCUCUUCACCUUCUGCUUCUUCAGAGGACUGCAAAGCGACCGCAACACCAUCCACAUAAACCUCUGCGUCAACCUCUUCAUCGGAGAGCUCCUCUUUCUCGUUGGUGUCAACAUGACGGAAGCAGAGCUGUUGUGCUCCAUCAUUGCCGGGGUUCUCCACUUCUGCUUCCUGGCUGCCUUCACCUGGAUGUGUUUGGAGGGCGUCCAGCUUUACCUGAUGCUGAUCGAGGUCUUCGAGAGCGAGGGCUCGCGCGUCAAGUAUUACUACAGCUUCGGCUACCUCAUCCCAGCCGUGGUGGUGGGCAUCUCAGCGGCCAUCGACUACAAAAGCUACGGCACGGAGCGAGUAUGCUGGCUGAGGGCGGACAACCAUUUCAUCUGGAGCUUCAUCGGACCUGUAGCCUUAAUUAUAUUUGUCAAUGUCAUCUUCCUGGUGGUGACAAUGUACAGGAUGGUGAAGCAUUCCACCUCCAUGAAACCUGACUCGUCCAGGCUGGGGGGUAUCAGGUCGUGGGUUUUGGGAGCGUUUGCGCUCCUCUGUCUUUUAGGGCUCACGUGGUCCUUCGGUUUGUUCUUCCUCAACGAUUCGUCCAUUGUAAUGGCUUACCUCUUCACCAUCUUCAACACAUUACAAGGGAUGUUCAUCUUUAUCUUCCACUGCCUACUGCAGAAAAAAGUUCGGAAGGAGUACAGCAAAUGUUUCCGUCAGUCUCAGUGCUGCGGCGCUCUGCCAUCUGAAGGCUCCCACAGCUCAGCCAAAGCCGCCACCUCUCGAUCCACAGCCCGCUACUCGUCUGCCACCCAGAGUCGCAUCAGGCGGAUGUGGAACGACACUGUGAGAAAGCAGUCAGAGUCCUCUUUCAUCUCAGGCGACAUAAACAGCACCUCUGCAGUCAACCAGGGGAUGACAGGAAACUACCUCCUAACUAACCCUCUCCUCCGAACCCACGACACUAACCCUUAUAACAACCUGCUGGCAGAAACGGUGGUGUGCAACACCCCCUCUCCACCGGCAUUUCACUCUCCAGGUGCUCAUUUAUCCUCCAACCUUUCGCAGUACCAGCGAGGACAGCACUCUCUCAGCAACAGCAGGGACAUCAGCACCAUGGACACCCUCCCCCUCAAUGGUAAUUUCAACAACAGCUACUCCCUGCGCGACGAUGACUAUGAGGCUGUGGGGGUCCGAGCCCCAGGCGACCUGGGGGGUCUGAACCUGGACGACGCCGCCUUUGAGAAAAUGAUCAUAUCCGAGAUUGUCCACAACAACCUAAGGCCCCGAAGGGCCCCCAAAGCCCGCGAUACCCCGAAGGAGAAGGACAGAGGCCUGCCUCCCCAGACCAGGGUCACGGUGGACCGAGGAGGGGGCGGCGGGAGUGGAAGCGAGGAUGACGCCAUAGUGGCUGAUCAUCCCGAGGCCUUAUCGCCGGUGAGAGGGGGCGAAAGAGGGGGCCACACCACGCUGGAGCUACUCCUGCACCCCCAUCACAAGGAGGUGCUGGAGGCACCCCUUUUACCCCAGAGGACUCACUCUCUGCUCUACAGCGCCCAGAAGGCCCCCCGGCGCCGGGAGGGCCAGAACGGCCACGGCUCUGAGACUGGCGACGCCGACGAGGACGUGGCGUCUCACUCGCCGAACAAUAACAGAGACUCCCUGUACACAAGCAUGCCAAACUUGAGAGACUCUCCGUCUCCUUCAGCUUCGCCGUACCCGCCGGAGGAGGAGGAGGAGCUCUCGCCGUCUCCUCAAAGCGACAGCGAGGGCGCCUACCACAAAAGUUUGCCCGAGCUCGGGGACGGGGCGCCGCCGCUGUCCUACUACCACAUAAACCGAGGCACCAGCGAGGGGUGCAUCGUGCCGCCCAACGCCGAAGACUGUGCGCAGGAGGGGGAGGCGCCCGCCGACGGACAGAUGCAGCUCAUUACCAGCCUCUGAGCAGGCCGCGCAUGUUUGCACAGACGGGCGCUCUCAGCUGUUGUCAGACGCUCCCCACUCGCCCUUCCCGUCAGCACAGGAAGUGAAAGGACGGCAAACGGAAGGAGUUAAUGACCUUUGCACACGGAUAUCAUUAGCACACAAAACACAUCCAACGAAGGCCAGGCAAAUGUGGGCGUCGCCGCAUUUGGACUAAUGAGGUGCAGUUUCUUGUACUGAAAUUGAAGGAUGAGGGAUUAAAAAAAUAAAAACACUCAAAGGAACGCACCAUGAAACUCCUGACGAAACCUUGGGGGGACUUUUCUGAACCAGGGUCUUUUUAGAAGAGCAGAACUAGAAGUAGUGUGGACUCCACUGCAUCGUCAGGACUGUAAAGUAAAGAAACCACUAAUUCAGACUCAGGCCUUAUAUUUUCUCUAUUGCACAUUUAACUAUUGUCAAAAUAACAGCUGAAGAAAAUAUAUUUUGCUGUACCACUGGUGUAAAAAAAAAAGAAAAAGAAAAAAAAGAAACGGCAACCGCUCCGUAGUUACGCCCUUUCAAUGUUAGGAUCCUUCAGACGAGGUUAAUAAAAUGGUGGAAAUGUGCUUUUCCUCUCACACUUGACUUGCUGUAGUAUGUUUGAACAUAAAAAAAGGUUUUGAGAGAUAUCGGUCCGUAUGGAAAUCAUGCUCACGUCUCUGCUUGUGAAGUGCUUUUGCGUUCAUGGAUUUUUGCCCGUAGUAUCUUUGUCCACACCAGGCCAUGCACAGAUUUUAGAGGGAAUUGGAUACUUGUGUAAUUUACUUGAAAAUUGAAAAAAACUUUUGUUCAUGUCAUUGCAAUAUAGCCAUCUCGGGAGACAUGUUAUAUCCAUUGACACUAAUUAAUUUAUUAACUUUUCAGAAGGAAAAAAAAAACAACAAAAAAGGUCGGAAAGUGUGAAAAGUUGCAGCACUGAUUAGGUUGAUUUCCUUUCUUUUGUAAGACCCAUCAUCAGCUGGUAUUUAAUUCAACUCCUGUUUGAUAUCAAAUAAAUGUGAAUUUUUUCUUGUUCGCAGA